GUUUCUUUCCUCCGUUGCCGUGGAAACGAAAACAAUGAUCCAAAAUCACUCUGGUUUAUUACCGUGACAAAACUACCUCUUUUAAUAAUUUGUUCGUGAAUGAUGGAGACGUUUAAGUUUUUAUACGAACAAGCUUCUCUUGCAUUGAAUGUCAUUCCAUCUGAAAGUAUUAUUUCAAGAAUCGAAGAGGAUCUAAAAUCAAGUAUUCUCAAGUUAUCUGGAGGUCAGUAUACUGAAGAUUGUUGGAGAGCUUUAGGAUGUGCUUUGGCUAAAGAUGUGCACUUACUAGAAUUAGACUGCAGUAAUUGUUUAUUAUCAGAUCAAGGCUUAAUAGAUGUUUUAUCAGGUCUUGAAAAAAAUAGGUUUUUGCUUACCCUUAACUUGAAAGGGAAUAAUAUUAGAAGCUUAGGGACUGAAGCUAUUGGAAAAUUUUUACGUCAUAAUAAUCAUCUACAAAAUUUGUGUUUAGAGUGGAAUGGAGUGGGAAUUUUUCCUGAAAAAUUUGCUAUUUUAUGUGAAGGUUUAAUUUGCAAUAAAGCCUUAAAGUUUCUUGAUUUACGGGAAAAUCAAUUGAAUGAUAUCUGUGCAAAGACUUUGUCUGAUGUGUUAGUUUCAAAAUCAACCCUUCAAAAGCUAGAUUUGCGAUGGAAUAACAUUGGUUUAAUUGGUGGUCGCGCUCUUCUGAGUGCUUUGUCAAGAAACAAGAGCAUUCUUUCUUUAGAAGUAAAUGGAAAUAAUCUGACUAAAGACCUUCAAAACUCCAUAGAAACAAUUGUUUUAGCAUCUGUUGAUAGGUUCUUGUUAACCACUGAACAAACUGAAAGAACAAAUUCUUUGACUUCUAAAUUGAAGGAGGUUCAAGAAGAAAAGUUUCUGCAAUUGCGAUCAAUGAUGGAAGUAUUGGACAAGAAAGAAAAAGAGUCCAGUGACAAUGAAAAAUUGAACUCUUCAAAAAUUACUGAACUUAAAGAAUUAUUAGUGGAAAAAGUUGAAAAUCUUGAAGCUUUAACAUCAAAGGUGAACGAAUUGGAGAAGAGUCUAUCUAUAACAGUUGAAGAACGAAAUAAAUUUGCUCUUUCAUUAAAUGAAUUGGAAAUUAGAAACAAAGAACAUCUUGAAGAGUAUGAAAAAAUUUUAUGCAAAGAAAGAAAAAUGAAAGAAGAAUUAGAGGAAAGGCUGCAGAAAGAAAUAGGUUCUCUUAAACAGGAAAAUUCAUUUUUUAAAAAUCAGAUUCAUGAUUUAAAAAACUUACAAUUACAUCAUGAAGAGAAGAUUGCUAAAUUGCAAACUACUGUUAAAAAACUUGAUACACAAUUUAAAACUGAACAUGAUGCUUAUGAAGAACAGCUUCUAUUUUUGAAAGAGCAACAUUCUGAAAUAUUGCGAGAAGAAAAGUUGUUACACCGAAAAGAGCUUACAAAGCUCAGAGAAGAAUACUUAGAAAUUGAAAAGAACUUACAACAAAAGAUUUUAUUGUUAGGAACUCAAAAAUCAGAACUGGCUGAAGAAUUAAAAGAAAGCAGAGUGAUACUUUUAACUGAGAAAUCUAAAGCUGAAGAAAUUUUGCAUCAGACUGAAAAGAAAAUGAAGUCUGAGCACGAAAUCUUGAAGACCCAAAUGGAAGAAAGAAUUAAAAUUCUUGAAGAUGUUAAUAAGAAUCAAGAAGACCUGUUGAAACAACAUUUACAAUCUAUGUAUACAUUGAAAACUAACUUGACUGCCUUAGACCUAGCCUUGGCUGAAGAAAAACACCGUGAGCAGUAUUUAGAACAGAGACUUGCAGAAAAAGAUGCUGAAAAAGAAGCAGCCAUAGCAAAAGCUAAAUUAGAGUUUAAAGAGCAACUUGAAGAACUGGACAGGUCAAAACUACACAUAGAAGAGCUUAAUGAUACAACUAAUCUUCUGAAACAAAAUAUAAAAGACUUGGAAACAAAACAUCAAGAAGAUUUAGUAUCCAAAGAUGUAGAGAUCCAAAUGUUAAAACUCCAAAUCCAAGAAGAAAAAAAUAAAUUUAACCAGAUCUUGGAAGAAGAAGACAAAAGAACUUUGCAGUUACGAAAUGCUUUUGAAGUAUAUCUGGCUUCUUCUAAUCGAAUUGCCAAAAGUUCUGGUUUUGUGCCAGGUGAUUCAGAUUUAUGAUAAAGAAUUAUUUUUACAUGCGCAAAACAAAACAAUUAUCAAUUUAAAGUUUGCAAAAAAUAAAUAUAUAUUUUUAUAUUAAAUUUUCUCUGCAUAAAAUGAUGU